UACAAUACUCUAUAGAGAGAGUGAACGUUAACUGUAGUUCCUGAUAAGAUGGAGAUCUGUUAAAACUGAGCUACUGCUGCUGUCCUCUCUAACGGCAGACAGUCUGUUUUCCUGUCAAAGUCGAGUCGGUCCCGUUUAUUAUGGCGUUUUCUAAAAAAUGGAAAUAGUGUUCAGUCUUGUGUCGUCAACUGCCACGAAGGUGUUACAGUUUUCUGGACUGGUGGACAACAGGAAUGCCCUGAAGACUAGAAAGAUGGAGGAGAAAGCGUUAGAAGUUUACGAUGUGAUUCGAACGAUCCGGGACCCGGAGAAGCCCAACACGCUGGAGGAGUUGGACGUGGUGACGGAGAAAUGUGUGGAGGUCCAGGAGCUCGGAGAGGACGAGUACCUCAUCAUCAUCAAGUUCUCUCCAACCGUCCCUCACUGCUCUCUGGCUACUCUGAUCGGUCUGUGCUUACAAGUGAAGCUGCAGCGAUGUUUGCCAUUCAAACACAAGUUGGAAAUUUACAUUUCAGAGGGAACCCAUUCUACUGAAGAAGAUAUUAACAAGCAGAUCAACGAUAAGGAGCGAGUGGCAGCCGCCAUGGAAAACCCGAACCUGAGGGAGAUCGUGGAGCAAUGUGUUACCGAACCAGACGACUGAUGAAGGAGCUCCACCUACUGAAGCAAACGCCUCAGAGUUGCAGUGUGUGUGUGUGUGUGUGAGUGUGUGUGAGUGUGUAUGUGCACUGUGCCUGAGGAUAUUUUUCAGAGGAUUCCUGAGAGUCUGUCUGAUUGCAGAGCUCCUGGGAGUUUUCUGGCGUUUGGAGGAUUUCCUGGAGAGUCUCAAGUGAGGGGCUUUGAAUACUGAGAGGUGAAUAAAAAGCCAGGAUGGAAGCUGGAAUAAAGCCACACGUUGAUGUGCUGACUUUGCAAUCAUUCCCUGCUGGAUGGCCGCGCGGCACACGGCAGCAGGUCUUUGUUGUUGUCUGAAUCAGACGCUGCAGAGGAAGUGGGCCAGAGUUCUCUUCUUUUCCUGUGCUAACUAUUUUUAGAAGUCUGUACUUUUUUAAAUGUAAUCUUGCUGUGAAUCAACUAUUACAAUAUUUUAGUUGAUUAUUUUUUAAAUAAAUGUAAUAUACAAAAGAAUCAAGUAUUAAAAACAUCCAUAAGAA